ACAUGGAGACAACUACUUAGCUUAUCUCCCACCCAGCAAAGAAGCAAACUCCCCUUUUCUCAUUCAACUGCUGGUCAGAAAAGGAGAUUAUUCCUGAUGCUGGAGUGAAGAUCAGAGUUUUACCCAAAAGAAGGGAUCCAGCUGGAUUUGGACUGAGUUAAGAUCUGAAGUAUCGACAAGAAGGGUUUGUGUUUUGGACAAGAUCUAUCUGCUACCAGGCUAUUCUACGAAUGCACACUGUCAACUCCUAAGAACUUCAAGAUAGCUCCUCUUCGAUUGCUGUGAAGAUGCCUCGCCCUGGGAGAAACACAUACAGUGACCAGAAGCCCCCAUACUCAUAUAUUUCCCUCACAGCCAUGGCCAUCCAGAGUUCUCAAGAGAAGAUGCUGCCGCUUAGCGAGAUCUACAAAUUCAUUAUGGACAGGUUCCCAUACUACAGAGAAAACACCCAGAGGUGGCAGAACUCUCUAAGACAUAACUUGUCCUUCAAUGACUGCUUCAUCAAGAUUCCAAGGAGACCGGAUCAACCUGGCAAGGGCAGUUUUUGGGCACUUCACCCAAGCUGUGGUGAUAUGUUUGAGAAUGGCAGUUUUCUGAGGCGUAGGAAGAGGUUUAAGGUGAUGAAGUCGGACCACCUUGCUCCCACCAAGCCAUCAGAUGCUGCCCAAUACCUCCAGCAGCAAGCCAAACUAAGACUGAGCGCCCUAGCGGCCUCUGGUACCCAUUUGCCCCAAAUGUCAACUUACAACCUGGGGGUUUCUCAGACAUCUACUUUUAAGCACCCCUUUGCUAUUGAGAAUAUCAUUGCCAGAGAGUACAAAAUGCCAGGAGGGCUUGCUUUUUCCACAAUGCAGCCAAUGUCAGCUGCCUACCCUCUACAUAACCAAUUGACUACAGUUGGCAGCCCCAUUGGUACGGGUUGGCCACACAUGUACAGCUCCAGCAUGAUCGACACAACCACCCCAAUAUCAAUGGCCAACAGCGAUUACAGUGUGAGUGCUUAUGGAGUGCCCAUCAAACCUCUUUGCCACGGGGGACAAACUUUACCAGCUAUUCCAGUUCCAAUCAAACCUACACCCACAGCUGUGCCAGCGCUUCCAGCGCUUCCCACACACAUCCCUGCCAUCCUCUCAAACUCUUCUCCAUCCUUGAGUCCAACGUCUCCCCAAACAGCAACUAGCCAAAGUAGUCCUGCUACUCCAAGUGAAACUUUGACCAGUCCUACCACCGCUCUCCUUUCUGUGGCUGUACAUUGAUGUGACCUGCAGGACAUUAUAAGUCAGACUCCA